AUGCUGAGGCCUCUGCUGAUCCCCUUGACAUACUUCUGUCUUCAAACCUGGCUGGGAAUCCCUCAGGCACAAUGCCAGGUGGAGCUGAGCAUGAUGGAUGACGCUUUUGAUGACCAGUAUAUAGGAUGUGCUGAAAAAAUGGAUGGAAUUGCACCUGAACUGCUAGAGAAAGAAAAGUCCAUGUCCUCAGUGUUUAGCACAGUGUGGGAAAACUCAGGGGGAAAAUGGCAAAGUAUAAAACCUGAGCUUUCUCUCCCCAAAGACUUUAAAGAUGAGCAUGGAAGAGCCAUAAUAGCCUAUACUGACAAUUACUUUCACAGUGAGUUGAAUAAGGCAGUGAGAGGGAAUGGGACAUCUCGAGCUCAUUACAUGGCCAGUUUCCAGUUCAAAGCCUUUCAUUAUUACUUGACAAGAGCUUUACAGCUCUUACGAGGGAGGUGUGAUGUGAUGUACAAAAGGACGGUGUACCGGGGGGGUAAUGUCAGUUUUCAGCACACGGGAUCAGGUCACAUUAGGUUUGGAUACUUCGCCUCUUCGACUUUUGAUAUAAAAGUAGCUAAGGAAUUUGGCAACGGCACAUUGUUCACCAUCCACACGUGCUUUGGUGUUGAGAUCAGGAACUUCUCACACUUUCAGGAGGAGGAAGAAGUGUUAAUCCCAGUCCAUGAGAUAUUCAAUGUGGCCCAAGGACAAAGGAGUAACUGCUCUGUCCUACGGAGCACAAACCGGACCUGCAGCCAUUUUAACUGCGCGUACCUGGGUGGAAAGAAGAACCAAAUAUGUGUUGACAACUCCGCUACCAGAGGUGGCCUGGCCUUCCCCGGUGAGCUGAGCCCUUCACUGUUUGGAGGAUCCAUCAUCCUGAUCCACGUUGCUGCUCUGAAGCUGUUUGCCAGUUUCUAA